AUGAUCACCGAGAGAAAUGGCGUGCUGAAUCUACCGAAGCCCAAGGCGUCUCUGCCCCCCAGCGGGAUCGUGGUCGUCCAUCCCGCGUACCCAAGGCUUCGUGCCAUUAUCACUAUUCUAUGCUUCGCUGCAGCAGACGACCCACCCGGCACCCCGCCUUACGCCUACUACAACAUGGUCCUCGACCUGGUCAGCGUGAUUGCGUGCAAUGCUUCUGGGCUUCUGCGCCGUGUUACCAAUCAUCCCUCCAACAAACUCCUUGAAGAAGUUGACCUCGAACCCACACAACCACGCCCAGACGGAGCUGUCAUUCAAGCCGGUGCCUUCUACGCCUUCGUUAUCGAGUCAAAGCCACUAAGUUACCGCUAUCCACUGAGAAGAAAUUUCCUUUCGUGGCACCCACCGGUCCAUCUACCGCCACACUGGCCAUCUCGAAAUGCACCUUUUGACUUUUUGUGCCGCCCCAAUCGCCACAAGUUUUCGCUAAAAUGUCCCAGUGUGGAAUCUCUGAUGCAAGACCAGCAAGACAAUGGUUGCGUUGUCACGAAGAGGAGCGACCGCAAUGCCCUGCAACCGGCGCACAUCGUCCCUCAUGAUCCCGACACUAAGAUCUGGUGGAAGAAACACGCAUUGGCGACUGUGGACGAUUCGAGAAUCGACGGACCGGCCAAUAUCAUUCUACUUGUCGACCACCUCUAUGGCCAGGGACUCGAUGCAGGCGAAUUUUGCUUCUUCCCUGCCCCUGGGUCCACACAGUUUCUCACUAUCUUCACCGGGGGUUGUUUGGCUGAGGAUGCACUACAAUUCAACUUCUCCUGUGCUGACAUUCCACCUCGGACACCAACACGGCUCCUAUUCUUUGCCUUCGCACGAACGGCAUUCAUGCUAGCCCACACACAUCUGCACGAUAGCCUUGUCUUUAAAUUCCGGGGCCCUGACAAAGACGACGAGGGCAAUGCGUGGGUAGAUGCGAGUGAGAAUAUGCAAGAUGACGAGGACAAGAACAAUGGCGGUGGCUAUAAUGAAGCUGGAAAUAACGAAGAUGGGAGCAAUGAAGAGGGCCGAGGCAAUGGUGGCGACAAAGACACGACCAUCUUCCUUACCAUCUGCGGCAACAACUGGGAGGUGGUGAUAUUCAGAUGGGUGAUGUGA